AUGGGUAAAGGACUGUCAUUCGACGAGAAGAAAGUCAAGCUCGUCGAGCUCUUUCAUGAGACGAAGGACUUUUAUCAACUGAAGGAGCUCGAGAAGCUCGGGCAGAAGAUGAAGGGCAUCACAUCGAAUACGGUCAAGGACGUCGUCGAGGCCUGCGAGCAGGAUAACUUGAUCCGUAAGGAUAAGGUCGGCUCAUCUAACUUCUUUUGGUCUUUUCCAUCACAGCGUGGCGUCGAGGUGAAAGCGCGCCAUGAUAAGGCGACGCGCGAACUCGCCGAGACAGAACGUAAACUCGCCGAAGUUCGGGAAGAAUUGGAGACUGAACGAGCUAGGAGACCACAGACUGAUGAACGCGCUGUAGCUGAAGCCCGCAUGCUCGCGGUACAGAAAGAAGUUGCAGCACUUGAGACCGAACAAGCUGCGUACGGCGCAUGCGACCCUGUUGUCGUCGAACAGAAGCAACGCGCUGUGCUGGUCACCCACGAGGGAGCCAUCCGCUGGACUGAGAACUACUCAACGGCCCUUCAAUGGUUUAGGAACCAGAAUCCUUACGUCGAGAUGGAGCAGAUUCGCGAGAUGCUGGGUAUCUCGGAAGAGUUUGAGGAUAUUGAGUAA